AAAAAACCACUGAAUUAUUAGAGUUGCUCUUAUUCUGAUUUGAAUUGGAGUCGAUUAUGGUAUAUAGUCUUAUGGUGACAACUCUAACAGAGAAAGGGGGAAUUUAUGUCUCUACGCUAGUGGCUGAGAAUUUAGAACAGCAAUCAUCCUGGUUUAAGUUUCUAUCUUUCCACUGGCCACACCUAUGCUUGUAGUGACAGGAGAUAGCAAAAGGCACCUAACUCUAUUAAUGGCUUAACUACUUCCUACAAAUUAUUUCGUGUAGUUGCAGAAACCUGAAGUGGAUCUAUAAGUUGGAUUAGCACAGCUUUCUUUCCUUUUGACAAAGCAACGCUAACAUGGGAAGCAGAAGUCUUGAUAGUGGAAAAGCUACUGUAUCUGGUAGGAAGCAUAACAAGUGUAUUAUUCUUCCAGCUAAUGAGAAUAUGGUUGCUGAAGCUCUGGAAAAAAGAAACCAGAACUGGAUGGUUCGCGCCAGAGUUGCAAAUGAUUUGAUCAUACAAGUUGGAGAUUCCAGCUUUCAGUUGCAUAAGCUUGCCAUGGUCUCAAAAAGUGAAUACUUGAAUAGAUUAGUAUUCCAGAGAAGAAGCAAUGGAGCAAAAGAUACCCUCCCCAAGAUUGAAAUAGACAAUUUUCCAGGUGGAUCUGAAAUCUUUGAGUUAGUAGUGAAGUUCUGCUAUGGAUGUAAGGUUGAUCUUACAGCAUCCAACAUUGCUCCAGUACACUGUGCUGCACAUUUCUUGGAAAUGAGUGAUGAUCUUGAACAAGGAAAUCUGAUUUCCAAGACAGAGGCUUUUCUAAGUUUCGUAUUGUUUUCAGCAUGGAAAGACAUAUUUCGGAUUUUGAAAAGCUGUGAAUCAAUCUCUUUGUGGGCGAUGAAGUUGCAAAUCCUGCAACGAUGCUCUGACGCCAUUGCUUGGAAGGCCUGCAUAGACCCCAAAUUAUUUACUCUCAGCGAAGACGAUGCAAUUAGCUUGAAUGUUCUGGAAAAUGAUGCGGAAAACUUGAAACAUAAAGGCAUAGCAGAGAAUUGGUGGUUUGAAGAUGUUUCAUGCCUUCGAAUAGAUCAUUUUGUUGAGGUCAUUAAAUCCAUCAAGAGGAAAGGAGUGAGGUCGGAACUUGUUGGAUCAUGCGUAGCUUAUUGGACAGCAAAAUGGAUUUCUGGACCAGACAAUCUGCCAAAACAUCUAACCCACCAUCUACUGAGGGUUACAACAGAAAGUUUGGUUAGGAUACUUCCUGGGGAGGAAAAUUCAGUUUCUGCCAAUUUUCUGCUUCACCUUCUCAAGUUGGGAAUAAUGAUGAGAAUUAGCAGUGAACUAUUGAAUGAGGUAGAAAAAAGAAUAGCUCUCAAAUUGGAAAACUGUCGGGUUUCUGAUCUGUUGGUCAUGAAUUAUGGCAAUGAUGAUACUGUUUAUGAUGUGGGAACUGUUUCCAUGGUGGUGGAAGCUUAUGCUUCUUCUAUGUUGAACAAUCCAACUCCAAAACUACUUGUUGUCGGAAAGUUGGUAGAUGGGUAUCUCGCACAAGUUUCAUGGGAUGACAAGCUUUCAGUUGAACAAUUCCGGUCACUUGCAGAAGCAUUGCCGAACGAUGCUCGAUACUGCCAUGACAACCUCUAUACCGCCAUAGACACAUACCUAAAGGCACAUCCUAGACUCACAGAAGAAGAAAGAAUAAGUGUGUGCACAGCCAUGGACUACCAUAAACUAUCACAAGAAGGUCUUAAGCACGCAACGAGGAAUGACAGGCUGCCUGUAAAUAUUACAACACGGCUUAUCCUUCUGGAACAAGUAAAUAUGGCAAGAUCAUUGACAUCAGUCGGAUCCAAUUACCAAAGAACAAAGACACAGGCCAUCAUCAGGGUAAAUAGAUGUGUGGAGAAUGAAUGGAUGACAUCCCGGAAUGAGAUAAAAAUAAUGAGAAAAGAGGUUGAGAACAUGAAGAUGCAACUAAGUGAAUUGCAAAUAUAUAUGCAAAAUGCAGAUCCAGAGAAGAGCCAAGGGAUGCCUGAUAUCAAAGAGAAUUUUCGGUUCUGAGCAUUCUGUAGCAUAGAAUUAAUAUCCCAAGAUAUUGCAAAUUUCUUGCAUGUUUCCGAACCUGAACUACCAUAUAAUCUAUGGAGAAUCAAUAUGACAAUAUUGAUACCAUUUUCUUCU